GAUGGAACUGCGAAAAGCCACUACAACCACUAUUCCUGUGGUAUCCCACCCACAACUGGCCAAAAGUGAUACAAAGCCCCCACAGAUGCAGCUGCAGUUCAGCCGGAAUGCUCCUGCAUUGACUGAAAACCUGUCUGUCCACUACACCAAUCCCUGUCCAAUUAUCAUAGAAAAGCUGAAACAGCCAGCAACUCAACAAAAUCAAGGUGCUGGUGAUGGAGCUGAUCUAAGGGACUCUGUUGAAUUCUCAGUUGUAUCUGAAGAGAAGCUCAACCUGGCUGUUCAGCUGGCCAGAAGGGAUGUGAAAAGGAAGCACCUGCAAGAGCAAGUGAAGCAGCAUCUCGCCAAGAUGAAUAAGUGUCCUGUGGGGGGCCGUUGGGGAAAGGAAUCAGGGAAUGCUGCAGUGUUGAAAGCAUCUAAGUCCCACCUGAAAUAUGAACACCCGCUUAGUAACCCUUCUAAGAUGGAGAGGAACAGUACUGGAGCAAAAGUCCUCCUUUGUGAUCCAAGUCAUGUCAAGUCAGAACCCGCUUUGUCUGAUUCUCCACCAACCCGUGAUCCAGGACCUGGGCCCAAAAAAGAAGAAGACAAAUGUGCCGUAGAAAUCAGAAGGCUACAAAAAGAGCUUCAGACUUACAUUCAGAAAAUUGAAUUGCUAGCAACAAAAGAGAGAAGUGAAAUAUGUCUGGAUCCUGAGGAAGAACGCCGGGUCCAUAUUCGGAGGCAGGAACAAACUGUACGCUCUGCCCGAAUGCUCUAUGUGCUCCAGCAACAGGUAAAACAAAUCCAAGAAGAUCUGGAGAAGCUGAGUCCCCUUAAAAUUAAACAUACAAAGAAGUCACAAGCUAUGGCCAAGCUGGCAGCAGCUCACAGAGGUGCCAUCCGAGCUCUGCAGAUGUUUGUCACUCAUUUUGCUGACCAGUCAGAGCAGCAGUCUGCCUCUGUGCAUUGUAAAGAGCUGGGCAAUCUCAUCAGGCAGCUCUCUCUCUGUUCUGCUCGCCUUGAGAUGGACUCAUCCAUUCCUGAUAUCAUCAUAGAUCUGCUUCUACAAAUUGAGGAUUUGGACUCUGUGUUGUCCAAAAAGGAGUCUCCCAAGAAAGGACAGGAAUGGUUCUCUACCUCUCAAGCUGAUGCACCAAAAAGUACCCACAGAUUGCCAAAAAAGCAAAAGAAACCUUGUGUGUUGGACCGAAAAAAGUCUUCAGUGGCUCGGAAACUUCUUCCCGAACUGAAAGCAGGAACUCUGAUGAAGAAGAGAGGAGGCUUGGUUUCCAUCAGACCUCAGGGUAGUUGUCGACCUCCCAAAACAAAAACAGUGCAGCCUGUAGCCAAACAACCUCGGUUUCUAGAGCCCACCUUUGCAUUCCGGCUUAAGGAGACCAAACCACCCGUCCGAGAUAAUAGGGCCCCAUGGAUGCCUCCCAGUGUCAAGUCUCCCCUCCCCUCUGCUCUGCGGCACCUGGAGAAAAAUCCUGAAAACGCAGAGCCAUUUCUGGAGAUAGAGACAAAGGAACAAGAAAUACCUGAGAAAGAAGUGCCCAGGAACAAUGGUGUUUCCCCAACAGAGGAGGUAGAGCAAGCUGAUCCUGAGGGUCUGGAGCUCCUCUUGGAAAAAGGACAGGAUGCAACAAGCUUACCAGGUAUUUCCUUGGAGGAUUGCUAUCUGGAACAGUGCAAGAAGAUGGAACGUGUGGCUCUUUCUGCGCUCAGCAUGUCUGAUCUGGAUACAAUGAUGAAGAGGAUGGAGGAAAUAGAGCACUACCAAGAAGCUGUACGCAGACGAUACAACCAGAUUGCUUACGCUGAUGUUGAUUUCUGGGUCCAGGAGAGCAAAGAGGAAGAGUCUGUAGUGAAAUACCAACCACCUGGGGUUGUUCAUCCCAUCCAGAUAACUAAACUAGAUAAUUACAAAGAGCCACAAGUAGCCAUUGUGUUGGAAAAACCCUUGGAUGCCAGUGCUAUUGAUGAAGAGCUGUCAGAGCCCAGGAGUGGGACUCCGCAGUCUUUUACACAUCGCAUCCCCCCACAGAAAGAAUCUGGCACUUUCCUCUCAGUACCGAAACGUGUUCUCCAAAGCCUCAGUGAUUAUGAUGCCCGAUACCAGCAGCACCUGAAGGGGAUUUUCCUUGAGGAGGUGGGGCAGUUUAACCCUUGGAACAUUGCAGAGAGCCUGGCAGAGGAGCUGACAGAGGAAGUGUUGACAGAUGUAGCAGCUGAGCUCCAUGGCUUCUGUGGGGACUACGCAGAAGCUGUCUUCACUUCAGAGUUUUUACAGGUGGCUGAGUAAGGGGCCUUUUGAAGAACACGGAUAAACCGGGCCCUUCAAUGAAUACUGUUUGGCCAAAAGAUUGAACCUGACAAAGACCAGUUCUCAGGAAUGAAAUUUGACAAUUCAUGUAUUACUGUACUUUCUAUGUUCCUUCUUGGGAAGGCUGGUACUGAUGGGGAGCAUCCAAUCCAGAAUAAACAAAUAACGUUGGGAGAAUUCUGAUCCUUGAAAGCCUGAAAAAACCCCUCACUGUCCCUUUGAAGAGAUGUUAUGCAUUCCAAAGCACCUUUUCCCCAAUCAUGUUCAAAGCAUGCACAGCCUUACUGUCCAUUUCGUGAUUCAUUUGGGCUGAGUAGUUGACAAAUGAUUCCCCUCCAAAGUUCUGUGUCUUAUAGAAAGGGUCACUAGUUUCUUGGCUGAGUUCUUACAGUGGCAGCCAUCUUACAAGGAUGCUCAUUACUCAAGGGCUGAAUCCAGUUAGUUCAGGCAGUGACAGAAAAUGCCAGCUUUAUAUUGUGGAGCGCUCAUUCUUAGAGAUAUUGCAAGCUCAGCUCUUGGAUUCUCUACUGCUGAUGUUGAUAACAGAGUACCUCAUUUUACAGUAUUUCAGAUAAUGAAAAAAAAGUAGGUGUCCAAUACUUGAAAAAGUUGCUGACCCUGAGAUUCUACUCCAGUUUUUGUGAAAACGAAUAAGGUACUUCUAAAAUGUCCAAGAAUCUGUGAAAAAUCUGGUUUUAUCUUGUCAGUGGCUCAUGUCAACAUGGAGGUUUGGUGAAUAAUUUCCAAUGGCCUCCAUAUUGCCAGGUUGAACUUUGGAAGUCAUUUCUGUUUCCUUUCUGGCUCAAUUUGAUUUCAGUGAGCCUUGUUUACAUUUUCUUGGGGUCGUGGAUCAAAUAAUUAUUUGGGGUUCCAUUUGAUCUUGAUGUCCCUUCCUAUUGGGAUGCUCUCCUAUCAUUUGUGAUUAGUCUGCUGUAUUUCACUGUACAGAAGGAAGAGUUAUGCAUGUAUAGCACCGGUUUUAAUCUGAAUUGUCCCACUGAGCAACCACUUGAGGCUGAGACAAUAGGGAGUUUCCUUAAGCCAGCUUCUUUUGAAAAUAAAAAAUUAAAUAUUUAUUUUACUGUUGCUGUUUGACUAGCCAUACUUAUUUUGUAUACAGUCCAAAGGGAUUUGUACAAUAAAUCAAUGCAAUUCAUACUUGAUUACUUUGUUUUUCUACAUAAACAUUAUUAAACCAGCU